CCGAGCCGCAGCUGGAGCAGUCAGAAUUCGGCGGCGUUUCUGCCGGUCUCCGGCGCUAGAGCGGCGGUCCCUCGAAGCCCGGCAGCCGCUCUCCAUGAGGAGGGGACGCCCGCCGGGGCCUUCCGUUAGGGGGAGGUUUCAGCGUUAGCUUAUCACCCAGUGGGGACCACGGCCGUCUGACGCUCUCUCCUCCCGAGGGAUUCACCUGCCCCCGGCACCGGGGUCCGGAUAAGGGCUCUGUGUCUAGCCGGUGGAUCGGCGCUGUCGCGGUAUUAACCUGUGUGUCCCGGUUCUCUGCGGCUGGACCCCACUCCCAGAUGCAAGGAUGUUGGGGGUGAAGGAGCAGAGGCUGGGGCUGGGAAACAGGGUGCGCGCGCGUGUCUUUCCCUUCUAGGCUCUCCGGUGGCCUCACGGAAGAGUGGAGGCAGUGACCAAAGGACAGGGUUCUGGCGCUGCCCCAUGGCGGCUGCUUACACCCCAGGGACUUGCGAGCUGCUCAGAGCGAUGAUGAAGGAAUCCAAACUGACCAGCUUCCAGCAGCGCUACAUCAUGGAUGCUAUGAAAAGAGGAGACUCUCUGCCGCUACAGUGCAGCCCAACAUCCAGCCAGCAGGGCGCACCUUCCAAGCAGCGGCCACCAGCCACCUACCUGCCUCUCACCCUGGCAGCCCGGUCUCACCUCCGGCCUGCCAGCCUGUGCCGAGCCAACGGGGCCUAUAGCCGCGAGCAGUUCAAGCCUCGAGCCACCAGAGAUCUGGAGAAGGAGAAACGAAGACUCCAGAGUAUCUUUGCCACUGGGAAGGAGCCACCAGAAUGGAAAAAAAAGGCUGCCCCUGCGCAGCAGAAGGACCCAGCCCCUGAGCCCGAUCGCUUUGAAGAACGUGAGUCACUGGGGCGGGGCAGAACCCCUGCCUCCCCCGCCACACACCCCACAGAGCCUGCGACCCCCAGGACCCCCGCUCUGACAGCCCUUUCCCUCUGUCUAGUUGUGAAGGAAAUUCAGGAGAGGAAAGAAUUCCUGGAUGCCAUGGAGGCCCUGGGGCAGGGCAAAAAAUACCAGGGCAUUGUCCUCACUGAGAUCUCCCAGAAACUACGGGAAAUGGAAGACAUCGACCACAAAAGGAGUGAGGAACUUAGGAAGGCUCUUGCCACCACUUAAUCAGAGGCGGGCAGGGCAGCUCACCCCUGACCGCGGCAGCAUCACCCCAGGCUACCCACUCAUACUGGCCAUAGCCACGUCAGAUGGCUGCCCAGCAUGGCACUGUCCUGGCCUGUGGUGGCCCAGGCACAGACACAGUACUCCAGAUGCUGCUCAGCAAUGCUGGGGGCCACGGAGUCUCUGAGCCACCUGAUUACAGGGCUUCAAGCCUUUUCUAGGGGAGAGUCCCAGAUGCAGCAAAAGGCCCGAGUCUUCAAGUCUCCUGAAAUGCGUCUGAGGGCCUCUGACGGCUCUUCUCCCACCACCUCCACUUCUGUGUCCUGCUCAGUUAGUUUCCAAACUUAGGGAUGAAGAGGAUGCCUUUCUUCCCACCUGUCGUAGGACCUAUUAGAUGACUUGUAGCCUGGGGCAAAUAUUUAACCACGAUGAUUAAUUGACCAAUAAAACACAUUUGCCGU